UUUGCUUCAGUUAAAGAGACAUGGAUUUGUUGAUUCACAGUUAAAACGUAAAAUAAGUGAAGACAUACAAGAACUGCUAAAGCUAAAGAUGAAAUUUGACGAAAUAACAUCGUUGCUUGGCGAGUUUGGAAAAUACCAGAAAAUAUUGUAUGUUUUGGUUUGUUUACCAGCGACAUUUAGUGGCUUGCAGAUUCUAUCAUCGGUGUUCUCGUUGUCUAUUCCUAAACACAGAUGUAAUCUUCCAACAGUUGAUAACGACACAUAUGAAGUUCAAGGACAGUGGCACGAAAUUUUGAUCAACAGAUCGAUUCCAUUGGUCAAGGAUGAUGUUGGUGUGUAUGAGUAUUCCGAUUGCGACAUGUUCGCGACCAAUCAAAACACUUCUUACAAUGAGCUGAACAUGCCUGUAAACACUAGUGAGAAACAAUGUGACAAGUGGGUAUACGACAAAUCUACCUUCGAAAGCACAUUCAUAACAAAGGCCAACCUAAUAUGUGGGCAGGAGAUUGCACGUGCAAAUGCCAACAUGAUAUUGAUGAGCGGUAUUCUAAUCGGAGCCACUUCUAUCGGGAUAAUAUCAGACAUAUUCGGACGUAAGAAAGCGUUAUUGUUGUCCAUACUUCUGUAUGUUGUUGGUUCUUUUGGUUCAGCCUUUGCUCCAAACUACGCCUUGUUUGUCACAUGCCGGUUUCUAGUAGGCUUUUCUAGCAUCUUCACGGCAGCUUUUGUUAUAGGAAUGGAACUUGUUGGUCCUUCACAGCGGGUUGCUGCGGGUAUAAUUAUAGAAUUUUUCUGGUGUAUUGGGCUCUAUAUGUUGUGUACUGUAGCAUACUUUGCACGUUCAUGGGACAUGCUACAUCUUGUUUUAGCCUGCCCUACUGUGCUGCUCUUCGCAUAUAUUUGGAUACUACCAGAGUCACCACGCUGGCUUAUAUCAAAAGGUCGCUAUAAAGAUGCAAACGAAAUUAUCCAGAAAUGUGCCAGAGUGAACGGUGUGACAAUACCAGAAAAUAUUGUGGGUAAAGACUCAGAUGAAAAUACAGAGAAAGAAAGUGUACUUAAAAUGCUUACUGUACCAAAGUUACUGAUACGAACUCUCAUCAUAUAUCUUAACUGGACAGUAGUAAGUAUGGUUUACUACGGCUUGAGUCUGAACGUAGGCAACUUGAACGGAAAUGUAUACGUUAAUUUUGCAAUUAACAGCAGUAUGGAACUAGGUGCUUACCUCCUCUGUCUUCUCACGCUCAACAAAGUAGGUCGGAAAGUUCUUCAUGCUGGCACAAUGAUCCUUGGGGGUGUUGCCUGUCUUUGUACAAUCUUUACAGUGUUGUAUGCUGAUAAAUCUCUUUAUUGGGUCACGGUGGUUCUAUCAAACGUCGGUAAGUUCGGAGUGUCAGCUGCAUAUGCGGUUAUUUAUGUGUGGUCCGCAGAACUGUUUCCGACCAAAGUUCGAAACUCAGGGAUGGGAUCUAGUGUAAUGAUGGCUAUGGUUGGGAGUACGGUUUCUCCUUACGUCGCAGAUUUGGGUAGAUUUGUGGAUGGUUCCUUCGGCAAGGCCUUACCGUUGAUUGUGUUUGGCGGUCUUUCGGUGACAGCCGGCCUGUUGUCCUUGUUCCUUCCAGAGACAAAUGGUAGAGUUCUUCCCGAAACAUUAGAGGAUGCAGUCAACUUUGGAAAUUCUAAAGCCAGUGUAUAUAAAGUACAACCGCUGUUACCGACACCUUCACACAGCAAACAGCUUCUCUACAAAGAAAUGACUCAGGUAGAAGGAAGUCUUCCAGCAACAAGUGUUACACCAAUGAUGCUUACAAAAGAGUAAUGGAGAUACCUGGAGAAUCGAUUUCAAAGCCAUAGAUAAAUCGUUAAGAAAGAUGACAUUUAAAUAUUGACACAACCUAUUCUUUGUCAGUCAUAUCCAGAAAGAAGACAAUAUUUCGGUGCAUGUUUUAAAAAUAAACACGUAUAUCUAUAUAGAAUUUUUAGUAAAGCGAUUUAAUUUUAAAAAGCGCAAGUGACUGCCAGGAAUAUCAGACAUGAACAAUCAGACACUAAAUGAUGUCUAAAAUACCCAUUUGGGACAUAGAUGUGGAGAUACAUUAUCAUAAUCAGACAUAAUAGAUCAGUUUGUCGUAGUACUGUGUCAGGGAAAUUUUUGUGCUGUGUUCGAAGUUUAGUGCAAUGUCAAAAUCCCUUUAACAUGUCCAAGUUAUCUUAACUCUUAUUCAAGACAACGAAUUUUGUAUUACGCAGCAGACAUUGUAGACUGUUUUGUUAAUUAUUCCCAACCAUUGUGAUUUAAUCACUUUCAUCUUUUAAAUCAUUUGAUAUUCAAUAUGCAUAUGAUAACUGAUGUUUACAUACAGUCGUUCACGCUGCAUUGUGCAAAACCGUGGUGGAACUCUGCUAUAUUUUAUCUACUAUUUUAGAUUAAGGGCAUAUUAGAAUCGAAAUAAUGUAUAGCAAAAUCGUGUUUUACUUAAAUUAAAACACUCAAAAUCGGUUAUACGUCGCCAGAAUAAUUGACUCGGGCUACGCCCUCGUGAAAUUAUUCCGCGGACGUAUAACCUAUUUUCAUGUAUUAAUAACGUAAAAACACGGUUUUCCUAUUCAUCAUUUUUUGAUUAAAAUACAAAAUUUAAAAUAUAGGACUUUUUAAACGAUUAGCAUGUGAUCUGAAAGCUAUGAAAAACUGUCCUAUCCUCUUUGUCGUGCUAUUCCUCUAACUUUUAAAAUGCUUUCAGCAUGUCAAAAAGAAGUAAGGCUUACUUGUAAACUGGAUCAAACAGAGUAUGUCAUUGUUUUGCUUGGUUGCGUUCUAUCCUUCCAUGUGGUCAUCUUACAGAUUUUACUAAAUAUCAGGGCAGAAGACUGAAGUGCCACAUGUGUCUGUCGUAGAAAGUAUCAUCGAAUGUGGACUCGGUGUUGAUGUAUUAUCUGAUCCAUUUUACGUAUGUGUGUGCUAUAUAGCGAUAAAAUAUAGUUUUUGUAGCAGUACAUUUAUCUGCAAUGUUGUAUUCGGCAUGAGUGGAUGCCAGGCCUGGAUCCCACAAGGCGCUUGCGCAAAAUCAACGAGAGCCGGAUGCAUAAUUGCAGAUCACGGUACUGUUCUAAUGACCCCAUGGUCAGCUUUUAACGAGAAUUUGCAAGAAUUAUCUCCCUUAAUUAUUGACUAUGUUAAAGCAAUUCCCUUCAAAUUGGACUGCCUCCCUUACAUUAGCUGAAGUCGUGUCAUUCAUGACCGAAGUCAAUAAUUCUUUGUCAUGGAUUUUGCAUUGAUCUAAUAUUUUGCUUUAGGUAAUACACGGAAAUAAGGCUCGCGUGUUACUCCAUAAAAAGCAACAAAACAGUUAGCCAGUUUUUGAUAUAAAUCAUGUUGUUCUAUAGAUUCAUACAGAAGUAUUAUUCAUGUAAAGAUAUAAAACAUUUCUGUAAAAAAACAUUAUGUUAGCUUAAGAUAUUGCGAAAUUCGUGCUGUCAUGUAACAGAAAAUGAAAACAUUUAAAUAAA